UCCAGAAUGGACUUAACCACAAAUUACAAAUACACAAAUUGAAAAUUGAAACAAAACACUGAUAGGAAUGAAACAUUAAAGAACGAUUGAAAUUUAACUUGUAUUGUUGUAGUAAUUUACAUAGAAGUAUUUUAAAAUGAAUGCGCCUCCAACGUUUGAAUCGUUUUUAUUAUACGAUGGAGAGAAAAAGAUCAUCUUAGAACAAGAUACGAAGGUUCCAAAUGCAGCCAUUUUUACUAUUAACAAAGAAGAUCAUACACUUGGUAAUAUGAUCAGAAAUCAACUUCUAAAAGAUCCCAACGUAUUAUUCGCUGGUUAUAAACUACCUCAUCCAUUGGAGCACAAAUUUGUCUUGCGAAUCCAAACAACAUCAGACUACUCACCUCAAGAAGCCUUAAUGCACGCUAUCACAGAUUUAAUUUCAGAAUUGUCCUUGUUUGAAGAAAGAUUUAAGGAAGCGAUCAAAGAAAAGAAGGAAGGAUUGGAUUAGGGAAUAAAUUUGAUUUGGUUUUUGUAAUUAAGAUUAAUGUGACUAAUAAAUUAAAUUUUAAUUA